AUGACCGAAAACUUCAUUUGCCUACUUCUCCCACUCCUCGUCAUCUCACAAACUUUUCCGGCCGCCGGAGAACCCGACCCGAUGAAGUACCCGUACCGAAUCGAAAAACUUAGCCACUUCCGGUUCUACUGGCACAACAUCUUUAGUGGACCCAAUCCGACGGUGGUGAACAUUGUUCCACCACUGGAACACAAGAACAAAACAACAUGGUUAUUUGGCAAGGUUGACAUGAUUGAUGACCCAUUAACCGAGACACCAGAAGCGGGGUCAAGGUUAUUGGGAAGGGCACAAGGGCUUUAUGCAAUGGCAUCACAAGAGGAAAUAGGGAUGUUGAUGGCAAUGGAUUUUGUGUUUUCGACCGGGAAGUAUAACGGGAGUACGUUGACGAUUUUGGGGCGGAAUCCAGCGCUCGAGAAGGUGAGGGAGAUGCCGGUGAUAGGAGGAAGUGGGCUUUUCCGGUUUGCUAGAGGGUAUGUUAAAGCAAGUACGUAUAGUUAUGAUAUUAAGACUGGGGAUGCGGUUGUUGAGUAUAAUGUUUAUGUUUUGCAUUUUUGA